UAAAGGUAACUUUUAAGUCUGUAAUCAUAAAUGUAACCUUUUGUAUUGAUUCUUAUGUAGAUAUAAAACAUUGUAUGCGGCUUUGUUUACACAAACCUUGAUAGCUUAUGAUGUACGUAGUGCAUAUAUUAUCUGUCUUACCACAGAGGGCUAUGCAAACAAACUGUAAAAGGCAACCUGGGCUCAUAAAUCUUGUUGUCUCCGCUGUAUUUAAACACAAAACGAAAGUGAUCAACUAUGUUAGUUCUGCUUAGCGCUGGAAGUAUAUACUGGGUUUUAUAUUGGGAUAUUUAGGCGUAAAGAAAUCUAAUUAGAAAUGCAUGAAGGAACAAUUCUAGUUGUCGUUACUUUGCUGUUGGUUGUAACAACGCAAGCUAACCCAGCAACUGUUGUCGUUGGCGACUUGGAAUAUGUGUUGUAUAAGUUUGAUGGCACAACUGGAAAGCUUGGUUACAAUGAUGCAAAUGCUGCUUGUGUAAAUAUUAGUGGUGAGCUUGCUAUAAUUAAUGAUGUGGGUAUACAAGAUGCAAUACAACCGCUUUUACAAACUGAUGCUGGUACAACUAGUUGGGAAAUGGGUUAUUGGAUUGGUGGAUAUUGUACCAGCUAUUGCAAUGCUGCUUCCAACUCUGGCAGACAAAAAAACUGGAAAUGGAGCAAUGGUAGUAGAAUGUAUGAUGGCUACACAAACUGGUAUUCAAUCCUAGAACCAAAUGGAGAUUCAAAUGUUGGAGCAUAUGUUUAUAACUUUAAUGAUAUGGGAGGAUAUUCAAAUACGUUUGGAACAUGGGGAGAUGAUGAUGUUAAUACCCUUAAGAACUACAUUUGCCAAAGACAUAACAAUUGUAAUCAAAAUCUAUGUCAUAACGGUGGUACUUGUGUAAAUACAGCCACUGGUAGUUACACUUGUCACUGUCUACCUGGCUUCGGUAAACCAAAUUGUAAAACAGAGUAUUGCAACCCUAAUCCUUGUCAGAAUGGUGGAACUUGUACUGGAAUCGAUGGUGGAUAUGCAUGUGAUUGCCAAGUGGGAUUUAUUGGUACAAACUGUACAACAGAUUUAUGCGACUCUAGUCCUUGUCAAAAUGAUGGAACUUGCAUUGGGACUGAUGGUGGAUAUGAAUGUAACUGCCAGGGUGGAUAUAACGGCACAUAUUGUGGAACAGAUCUAUGUAACUUUAAAACUUGUCAAAAUGGCGGCACUUGUCAGAAUACAGGAGAUGCAAUCAACUGUAAUUGUGUAGCAGGAUUCUAUGGAAAUGAUUGUGAAAAUACACCAUGCACAUCGGGCCCAUGUCAAAACAUGGGGACCUGCAGUAUAAACCCUCCAGGGUAUACUUGUAACUGUGGGGAUGGCUAUAUAGGAACAGAUUGUGAAACAGACCUAUGCAAAGUUGGUACUUGUGAAAAUGAAGGGACUUGCAACAGAAUGCCUGGAAACUUUAGCUGUACCUGCUUGCCAGCUUAUGAAGGACGGCAGUGCUCAAUUGCCACUUUUUCUUUGAAUGCACAAGGAACAUGUGCUGUACAUGUAAACGACAAAGCCGUGACAUUCGAAAAUGCAAAAUCAAACUGUGUUAGUUUGAAUGGUGCAUUGCUUAUCAUAAAGGAUGAAAACACACAACAUUGGACAGAACAAGUUGUUCAAACUAUUUAUCCCAACUCUAAGGCUGCUGGUUCUAUAUAUUGGAUUGGGGGGCAAAACGAAACAGGGUGGAAAUGGUUAGACGGUAGCGAUAUACCCACAUCCUCUAAUGAAGAUGGAUUUCAAAAUUGGUUGAAAUCAGAUGAUGCCCCAACAAAAGAAUGCUUAAGUAUGACGUACCCAUUUAACAAUGACUCGUUAAAAUGGACAAACGAAAACUGUGGAAUGAGCGCAGGGUAUAUAUGCGAGAGAACAGAUUUAGACCCUUGUAAGAACCACACUUGUCAAAAUGGAGCAAAAUGCAGUUCCUCUGGCUGCCAUUACUCUUGUGUUUGUGCGUCCGGGUUUACGGGCACAGAUUGUGAAAAUGUUGUUGCAGGGCCUUCCUCUGGAUCUGGUGAAGAAAUAUGGAUAGCAAUAGGAAUCGUUAUUCCGUUGUGCAUUCUUUUAGCAAUUGGGGGGUAUAUGUUUUAUAAGCGGCGAAAACCGAAAGAGAAAACAGCGGGACAAGCACAAACCAAUAGAAACAAUGGAACCAAUAAUGGAACUAAUAAUGGUACAGUUCCUGUUAUUUAUGAGAAUUUGACAAGAUUUCCUGGCAAGAAAAAUUUCAGCGAAUACAAAAUAUCCGCCAGUGGAUUGUUGAGACAUUACCAAGACACUUGUGCCAAUGUGAAUCACGAUGGGUACGACAACGAAUUUGGAAAUAUCCUUUCAACUGAAAGCAUAAAAGCUGCUUCCAGCACAGAUGCCGCUUUGUUGCCAGAAAAUAAACCGAAAAAUCGCUUCAAAAACAUUCUGCCAUAUGAUUCAUACAGAGUUGUUUUGAACGAUGGACGACCAGGAGGGGAUUACAUUAACGCGAGUUAUAUCAACUGCCAUGACGUACCAAGGAAGUUUAUUGCUAGCCAAGGGCCAACCCCUAGGACAAUACAAGACUUCUGGCGUAUGAUAUGGCAAGAUGAAGUGGCGGUCGUGGUGAUGCUGACCAAUGUUACAGAAGGGGGAAAGCGAAAAUGUGAAAAAUAUUGGCCGGAACCGAACGAAACUCUAACGUUUGGACCUUUUGAAGUGAAAGCUAAGGAAGAGGGAUAUUAUGGCUGUUAUGUGGUACGAACAUUUGAGGUGGCAAACAAAGACAAUGUGUAUGAAUCAGUAAUACGGAAGUUAAAGCACUUUCAAUAUGUGACAUGGCCUGACCAUGGGGUUCCAGUAUCAACUACAGGAUUCUAUAGACUGCAUACACAUGUAAUGGAAGAGCAUAAUUCUGCAGGGAACGAAGCACCAAUAGUUGUGCAUUGCAGCGCCGGUGUCGGCAGAACUGGAACCUUUAUUGGCUUUGAUUGUUUGGUGAGGAUGAUUGAAGACAAAGCUGCUGCUAAUGUGUUUGAGGUUGUGUUGAACAUGCGUAUGCAACGAACUGAUAUGGUGCAAACCAAGGCACAAUAUGCACUUCUGUACAAGCUGAUCACUGAGACUUAUGUCUUGAAGAACACUGAUUUUGCUGGAGAAGAACUGGACGAGAAAAUAGCAAACUUAACCAGAACUAACAGGUCUACGCACAAGAGCGGGUUUGAGGUCGAAUUCAGCAACACAAAUAUCAUUGAACCAUUGACUACAACCAAAGUAUAUCCACCAGGACAAGAUAGUGGAAAUAGUUCAUCUGAUAUUGUGUCUUAUAAGCAUUCACAAGUCUUGUUACCACCAAUGCAAGGAGACACCGACCUAACAUAUUACAACGCAUCAACAAUUCUGGGAUACGGGAAAUCUGAAACAGCAAUUGCUGCCCAAGGACCAAUACGACAUGAUAUGGUUGAAAAGUUUUGGUUGGCGAUAACUUCUCUACAUGUUCGUACAAUUGUAAUGCUCAACAAUUUCUUUGAAAACGACACGGUACAAUGUCAUGACUAUUUCCCCACAUGUGUUGGAGACAGCAAGCAAUAUGGUGACACUACUGUAAGAUUAGCUUCAUGCGAUACAAGUGAUAAUAUAACAAGUCGGAAGCUACAAGUGAUCAAGGAUAAAAUACAGAUGGAAAUCAACCAUUACCAGUUAUCAGGUUGGCCAGACAAAGGAGUUCCAAGAACUUGUGAAUCUGUGUUAGAUUUGGCAGCAAAGACACAAACAAGUUCCCAACAGCAAGGAGGAGGAGUGUUAGUGCAUUGCAGGGAUGGGUCAGGACGAACAGGGACUUUCCUUGCAAUUAUCAACGUUAUAGAAAGAAUAAAGAAUGAAAACCAAAUUGAUGUUUUUCGGACAGUGAAAGAUUUACGCGACUCCAGGCCUGAGAUGGUGUCUAACUUGCAACAAUACAAGUUCAUCUACAACACAGCGUCUGCUUAUAUGCGAUCGUUCGCCACCUACGACAAUUUCACCCCCGCUGUAAAAAUGUAACAGCACACCAAAGACACAAGCUACAUCUGAGUGAUUUUUAGUAAAAUGCUUCUCUUCAACAAUAUGUUUUACUAGUUGUUAUUUAAUUUAUCAUCGUUUCAUAAUAAAUACAUUUACACAAAUUUUAUUUCUAAAUAUCUGAGUAUAAAUACGGAGGUUGUGGGUCAACUCUGGCCUAAAUCCUGGGACCCAUGGCGUGCCUUGCUGAGGAACCUCACCCACAUAGAAGGGAC